AUGGCAGACUGGCUUGUUAUCCUUUUUCGAGCCGUUUUGUCCGUAUUUGUCGUCUCGUGGGUGGAGAUUUGUUUACCAAGACACGAAUCCUACCGGUGGGCUCCAUCUCUCGUCUUCCUCUCCACAGUCUACCGGCUUCUGCCAGUUUACGCCUCUUUCUGGCGCCAACUGGACCCGCUCAUGUUGACA